UUUUAAGUUGAAUUCAAAUGACGUUAGUUUUGAAUUAAUUUUGUAGCGUUGCGAUUUGUGAUCAUCGCGCAUAGUUAAAGUAGUUUUUUUUCAUUUAUAAAUAGUAACUUUACAUUAGAUUCAUUUUAAGAAUUAGCGUUGCGAUAUAUUUCAUCGAGAUUGUUUAAAUAGCUUUUUCGAUUAGUGUUGCGUUGAUGAAUGAUCGCGUUCCUAUGCGUAGUGUUGCGUCUAUGAAAUGCCCAAAUUUCUUCCACUUGUGGAAACCUGUUCCUGUUCCUGGAUCACCUGAUGCAACGAAAACAGUUGCAAAAAGGUGGUCAAGCAUCGGCAGCUUUUAAUAUAGCUGCACUUCGACAUUUCGAUAUUAGCGUUGCGUAUGUUGAAGUAUGAGUGCAUACGUAGUAUUUAUUAGUGUUGCGUGAAUGAUUAAAACACCCUACUGCGGUGUAUGCUCUCGCGAUUUUUCAUUUUUUCUUUCUUUUUUUCUUUUUUUUUGUCACUAACAAAUUAAAUAGCAUUGCAAAUAUGAUAAAGCACUCCGAGAAAUUUCUAUUUUAUGAUUAUGGAUUUAGUAAAUUAGUGUUGCGAAAUAGAAAAAUAUUUUCCACUCGUGGUAUGUUCGGGAUUCUAUCGAGUGGAUCGCCCUUCUGGCUAUUGGAUUUAUUUCUUUUUCAGCAUCCCUCUGGGCGUUCGUUAAUGGAAAUACUGUUGAAAAAUAUAUCUGUUCGAUACCGAUGUAUAUUUUUAAUUUGUUGUUGCAUUAUUUAAAAUUAUUAUAAAUAAUCUUAUUUCAUAAUUAUAUAUAUAUUGUAUAUCAAGAAAAAUGAGAGUUGAUAUUAUAUGAUGUAAAAAUUUCACCGGAUCAGUAAACAAAUUCCUACUCUGACAUAAUUAUAAUCGUCGUGACACGACGUUGUAUAUUGCAGAAGGCGUGAAAAACACUGAUUUUUUCCGAAGUCGGUAUUUCAGAACGCGAAACACGAAGACUUAUUAAAUAUCGCGUUUAUGUUGUUUUUAGUCAGUGAUGGUAUACAUAUCACUACUAUACUGGAUCGAUAACGUCGCAUGCGAUACGAAAAUGGUAUAGGGAAUUAGGUGAUUCCCAAAACAUGAGACACGAAAAAGCAUUAAACGUCACAUCUAUUCUGUAUCUUAUCGAUACAUAUAAAUGUGCGUUUAUAUAUUAUCCAUGGUAUUUUUAUGGUUAUCAAUAGAAGUUUAUGAUGCUUCAUAUUCAGAAAUUUCUAACUUUCUGUGGAAGAUGGCGUGAUAUUCGUAUUUUAAAACCGGGAAUACAAAUCGCAGAUUUUUAAUAAUUUUAAAUUAUAUCACGAGGUAUAAGAAAAAUACACUCAGCAUUCUUAGUUACAUUCUGCAUAUCAUAAUUACGAUUAUGUGUCGUCCUUUAUACUAUUUCAUCGAAAUUAUAGGUGUGUACUGAAACUUUUGCGAAGACCGGAAUUUGACUUGUAAAAGGAGAGAGAGAAAAAAGAAAAGGAAGAACAUUACAUCGAAUAUAGAAGGAAAAUCAUAUACAGUAGUUUUAACAAAGUUGCAUAUUUUCGUAACUACAGUUAUUUCUCCACGCGGUAAGCUAUUUCGCCAGUCCCAGUGAAAAGAAGUUACACGAAGUACCUAACUAUCAUAAAGUUUCAAUCACUGUGAAUUGUCACGAUCCUCCCAUUGCAGUAGGAUAACUAUCAUUUAUGUUUUCGAUCGAUUUUGCGUUAGACUGUAGCGACAUUUUUUGCGAUUUUUUGUCGUCGCAUUUGUCCAAGCGACUCGUGCUAGAAGUCGUGCUAGAACUCGUGCUAGAAUAAAUCUGUUUUAUCGUAAGUCGUACGAUUUGGCAAAGAAACAAGUUCGUUUGAAAUUCGCAUCGAGCCAUAGAAAUGAGUGAUCAACAAUUCUCUGGUAAAGAGUACGAUGAAUUGAUUAAACCAAUCAUGAUAACCGCAAAAAUAAUUUCCAUCUGGCCAUUGGAGGAGGACAGUGGCAAGGGAACAAUAUUAUUUAGGAGAUUCCACUUGUUCUGUAUGUUUCUUCUGGCGGUAGUGAUGUCCAUCGCGGUGACAGCCGACGUAGUUCACAAUAUAGAUGACUUGAAUGAAGCGACCGAAUGCGCACUGAUUUGUACAGCAUUUUACCUCUGUGUAGUCCGUUUGCUAGUGUAUUCGCUCCAUCAGAAGGACAUGUUCUACGUGGUGAAGACGAUGAAAGAGGAUUGGAUCUUGUCCUCUCACGAAGAUCGAACAAUUUUAGCGAAGAAAACGAUGUUUGCCUUUCGUCUCGCGAAAUAUUUUAUCAGUACCGUGGCUAUGACGAUUGUACUGUUCAUGUGUAUCCCGUUUUUAGAGAUUUACGCGUUUGGUAGCAACGAAAGGGUACUUCCGUUUCGAGGGUAUUUUUUUGUCAAUCAUACCAUAUCACCGGUGUUUGAGUGCCUUUAUUUCUUUAACGUAACAGCGGGUGGCUUUGGCGGAAGUAUGAUUGCCGGUGCUACCAGUUUCAAUCUGGUGGUAAUAAUGCACGGUUCGGGCAAGUUUGCAGUUUUGCGGAAAAGGCUGGAGGCUCUCAGUGGAGAAGAUCCUAAUUCUACCGCUAUCCUGAGCAAUUACGUGAUUCGUCACCAGAAAGCGAUAGAGUGGGAAUCUGUUCGCAGGUACGCAGAUGCACUGGAAAGGAUCAUAAAUGUUCUGGCUUUGGGGCAAUUCAUCAUUAGCACCGGCCUGAUCUGCUUCGCGGGAUUCCAGAUUACCUCGAUGAUGAAGGACAAGGGUCGCCUGAUGAAAUAUUCGACCUUCUUGAACUCGGCCAUCCUUGAGCUGUUCAUGUUCAGCUUUAGUGGAAAUGGCUUGAUCGACGAGAGCGGAGCAGUGGGUGACUCCGCUUAUGGCAGUGGAUGGAUCGGCAGCAGAUUCAGCCAGAGUCUUCAAAUCAUGAUGAUGCGCGCGAGGAUCCCCAGCAAAAUCACCGCGGCAAAGUUCUAUGCCAUGUCCUUGGAGAGCUUCUCAGCGGUUCUGAGUACGUCGUUCUCAUACUUCACGGUCCUUACAGCCACCGAAGGCGAUUAAUGGUCUCACCAAUGAACGUAGAUGUUUGUACGACAAGCUUUACGAUUGUAGACGGCAUCCCAUGAUGACUCAACUUACAGAGAAUAUAAGUACUUUAGUCGUUCCACUAGCCUAAAAAUAUCCGUGUAAAACAAAGUGUCGACGGAAAGUUCGUGUUUUCUUUCUCGUUCUUAAGAUCGAUGGAUAUCUUCUGGUGUAGAUCGCAUCCAAAGACAAUUGGAAUCGAGAUAGAAACUCUUACAAUAAACUAGAAAACAGAGGAUUUUUAACGAUAACUGAUUUAAUACUAAUCGUUGGAAUAUUUCCUUUCAUGAUCACUGCCGAAAACGUCUUUUCUUAUUUAUUACAUCUUUCUUCAAGAAGGAGAUCUAUUUCUGUGUAGUACAACGCGCACAGAUUGAACAAAUUAGACGCGCCUACUACUCAUGCUUAUAAUUUAACACGAUAUUUACUUAAGCGUGUUUA